CAUGCGCGGGUAAAGUAUACGUCAGCUCUUCUCUACUAACAAGCAGCCCGAGAGAUACGUGGCCCUCAUUCUUCUGUCUGUCUUUUCGUCUCACACGACCUCAGAAACAGCUUGAACAUCAUGGAUCAGGUCAUGCAGUUCGUGGAGCCCAGCCGGCAGUUCGUCAAAGACUCCAUAAGGCUCGUAAAGAGAUGCACAAAACCUGACAGAAAAGAAUUCCAGAAGAUUGCCAUGGCCACAGCAAUCGGCUUUGCCAUCAUGGGAUUCAUCGGCUUCUUCGUCAAACUCAUCCACAUCCCCAUCAACAACAUCAUUGUUGGGGGUUAAGUCCUGGUCAAGAGGAAAACACAAACUUCAAUACCCGGGGACAGGCGACAGUGGUGCAAAGUGUUAUUGGGCUGGUGUGAUUGGGGGCUGAAGGGAUGACAUUUUUACAUUCUGUGGACAACAUUUAUAUUUCAAUGUGUAAAUAAAACAAAUGGAAACCAAAAGACUAAA